GAAGUGCUCAUGCCUUGUGACACACCUGUGAGCCUGUGGAUGUGUGUUUUCCCCACUAGACCAUGUCUGACUGGGCCCCCAUAGCCAAGGAGUAUGAUCCCCUCAAGGCUGGCAGCAUCGACGGCACGGACGAGGAGCCCCACGACAGAGCCAUAUGGAGAGCCAUGCUGGCACGGUAUGUUCCCAACAAGGGAGUCACAGGAGAUCCUCACCUCACCCUGUUCGUGGCAAGGCUCAAUCUUCAGACCACAGAAGAGAAGUUAAAGGAGGUUUUUUCCCGGUAUGGAGACAUCACAAAGCUCCGUCUGGUCCGGGACCUGGUGACAGGAUUUUCCAAGGGUUAUGCCUUUAUCGAGUACAAAGAGGAGCGAGCGCUCCUGAAGGCCCACAGAGAUGCCAACAGGUUGGUCAUCGACCAGCACGAGAUCUUUGUAGACUUUGAGCUGGAAAGAACUCUCAAAGGGUGGAUUCCCCGGAGGCUUGGAGGUGGGUUUGGAGGCAAGAAGGAAUCCGGGCAGCUGCGCUUCGGAGGACGGGACAGACCUUUCCGCAAGCCCAUCAAUCUGCCCAACGUGAAAAAUGAUUUCUAUGGAGAGGGAUCAGCAGAGAAAAGGAACUGGUCCCGUGAGGGAACGAGGGACUGGAGAACGAGGGACCGUGACCAUGAGAGGGGCAGAGACAAGCGCUGGCCGGAGAGGGAGCGGCCGUGGGCUUGGGGGGACGGGGACAGGGACUCCAGGGAGGACAGGAGCAGAGGGAGGGACAGGAAGGACAGGGACAGGAAGGACAGGGACAGAGACCGGAGCAGGGAGAGAGAGACCAAGAAGCAAAGAGAUGAUGACAAGCACCGAUAG